AUGAGGUCUUUCAAUUUUUUUUUGGCUUUUUUGCCUACCUUGCUCCAGGCAGCUGUGGUGCCACUUUUGUUGGACGGCGCACUCGAUAGCGCUACUGCCGAUUCUACCAAGUACAACACUGGUGGAAAGAUAUCCGUCAAUGGAAUCACCAUCACCAUCCCAAAGAACACGCAAUUCCAGUUCCCCGCAGCUUUCAUUCCGUUCAAAGAAGUCGCAGAAGGUGGAUUCCUUGGAAACGAGGUUUCGGUCGUCGGCAAUUACGUUGACGRUGUAGCAAUCGCGGGUCUGGUAUCGAUUGCACAGUUCUCCCUUUCAAUAAACACCGGUGUGAUCGCAAGUCUCAAUGUGGAUGGUCGCAUCAAAAUGGUUGGAGGUCAGACCGUCCGCAUCAACGACCCCAACGCUGUCUACUCCGCUGGUUAUACGUCAAACCCAGCUUUUACGGCGGACGACCAGAAUCCGAGCGUUACUGCCUUUAGUGGCUUUCCGAUGUGUGUCCCAAGAUCUGCGAAUGAUCCCAAAUGUCCGGCUUCCAACAGACCUGCUGGGAGGAAUAGCUUCACCGCUCCUGAUCCUCUGACCAUGGCUCCAUUACUUCCAGGAGACUACAUCGAAUUCUCUGGCAUCCGCGUAGGCGGAGAGUUCAUUUGCUACGCCCUUGUCGCCCCAAGCGUGCAAAUUCUCACCACUGGAGUUCCAGCAUACAUUCGGGUUGAAGACGCCAUUAUUGGAGUAGUGGAUAAGCAAGACGCAGGAGAUGUAGAGUUUGCAGAUACCAGAUUCGUCGGWUAUACCACGGAUGCCUCCAUCAGUUUAACCAUUUCCCGCAAUGAAAUUGAUCCUUGCACCGGAGAUGUCAAAUCUGUCGCAGUAGGCUCUGGAACGCCAGCCGCUGGCGGGAAUCGUAACAAGUGGCUCUGGCGUGCAAGUKCAACUAUCCCAACGCUUUACACUCGCGAAUAUGUCGUGACAGCCUCCUCAGGCACCAAAUCCACCAACGGGGGACAGAUUCUCGCCGGACAGUACGUACAACCCGUCACCGAAUGGAUCUUUCCCGAAAAUACGAAUCCAGGCACAAUCCCCGCCAAAAAUGACUUUUCAUCCUUCUCCUGGCUCCGCUCAGGUUCUGGACCUGAUUCUGAUGGGAAUAUCUGGGGUCCGCUGAGCCCUUGGCCAGAUACCACCGCUCCUCCAGCCCCUACAGCAUGCGUACCAGACACACCUCCAUCAACUUCCAGCACAGUCCCCCUCGCCAACGCAGGAGCCGCACAAGCACUGCGUCCAGGAGUGAGAGUCAAAUUGAACGGCACAGCCGAUAACGCAGCCCUUUUCACCGCCAAAGACUUGACGUACGCAUGGAAACAAAUCUCCGGCCCAAUCCUCACUCUCGAAAACAGCGGUACUGCGAAACCAACUUUCAUCGCACCGAACGUCACGACUCUAACAUCCUACAUCUUUCUCGUCAAUAUCACAUCCACGCAAUGGCAAACUUCUUCAACAGCCAACGUCACCAUAACCAACGACCCGAAGAAAUCAGAUAUCGUGGUCAUCGAUAGUUAUACCUGGACUACACAGCAAGGAGGAACACUUAGUUUGACAGCUCAUUCGAAUGUUGUGGAUGGGAGUGCGAGAUUGAGUUUAUCGCUACUUAAUCCUACUGCUGGUGGUGCUGCGAUUAGUAUGACGAGUGCUGGGGGAGGGAAGUUUACGUAUAAUGCUAGGAGUACUAAGAGACCUUCUAAUGGGGUUUUGGUGAGGAGUAAUUUUGGGGGAAUGCAGGUGAUUGGGGCUACUACUGCUAGGAAGAGAUUGGUUUGA